UCCUCAACUCCAAAAGCUGCUUCUCACCAUCCAGCCCUCAAGCGCGCGCGCAUGGACGGCGUAAACUCCAACAGCAAGGAGGCCGUGCGCCUUUGCGAGCACAUUGUUCGUGGCGCGUUUGGCGACGUUGUCUGCCGUGUAGCGUCGACUUUGCUGAACCGCGGGCGCUCAAAUGUUGAGACAAUCGCCCGACUCGCUGCCCUUCCGCGCCCGACUACCAAUGCAUCGCUGUUGAUCCUUAUUCAGCACAGCUUGGUGGGCUCGGCUGGUGGCAGCCGCCGCUCCGUGCCCGAGGAAGAACAGUACGAGUUUGACACGGCUGAGUGCCUAAUGCGCUUGCGGUGGGGGCGCAUUCUCGCGCUCACGGAAUCCAACUUUGGAGAGGACGCCCUGAUGGUCGUGCGCCAGAUGCUCGUCUACGGAAAGCUGUCCUUUCCGCAAAUUGUGGACGCGUGUGGAGCAGAUAAGCAUCACGCUCUAGUGCUUAGGAAGCUAGUCGUGCAGCUACUGAGGAAAGGAUAUUUGGAACCGUCUUGCGCCGAGCUCCUUAUCCUGCGAUCAGAUCAGAUUGAGAGGCGGUACCGCGCCAAGUGGCUAGACAAGUCGGCCGCGACGGGGACAAAGCUACACACGGCAGGGACUCUCACAGAGAUGCGGCAACAGGCCGCAUCCGAGAUCGACGAGGAGCGCAAGGAACACCGCAACCCUGCGAAGGCGCUCAAGGAGGUCAAGGGCAAGAAGAGGGAGCGCAACCAGAACGAGGACGAUCUGUGGGAUGUGGUGGAGGACAUGCCGCUACGUGUCAACUACGACAAGUACAACGUGCUUAUCCGCAAUGAGAUGCUCAUCAAGGCGGCGGCGGACCGGUGGAACGAAGCCGCAGGAGAGGUGCUGCGCGCCGCCCUGGCCGCUUCCUUGGACGAGCAGACCGUGACCAAAGAGAUCCGCACUGAGAAGGCCGUUGGUGUGAACAACAUCGUUUCCAACAUCCCUACGAACAAACACAAGCUUCUUAUGGCCGGCAUGGCCGGCAGCGGGUCGAAGAACAUCCCUGAGAUUGUUCGCCAGUACCUGGCUGUCAUGAGCGGUGAUGAUCUCGCCUCAGACAACACGUCGACUCGCUACCUCUCUCACAGUGACCACUCAAACCCAAGCUACUGGGUCGAGAUUGAGGCCAUAUGCACAUCUCUCAAGGCAGCGCUUCUGACCGAGCUCGUGCGCGAGCGCAUCGACGAGAAGGCGGCGCGUGUCCUUGCCGUGGUGGCGCGGGCACACUAUGCGUCAGAAACGAUGGUGCGCGACUGUGCAAUGAUCCCUCUCCGCGAGGCGCGCCACAUUCUUUCCGAGCUACAGAAGCUGUCACUGAUCGACAUCCAGGAGGUGCCAAAGACGGCCGCGAAGAACCGCGGCCAGUUUCCCGGCGCUGAUUUCCACCUAUGGGGCAUUGAUCUGCGCAAGGCAUACGGCUUCCUACUUUCGGGUGUUUACAAAACCACCGGAAAUCUCGUGCAGCGCCGGCAGAAGGAGUGGGAUAAGCGCUCUGCGCUGUUGGCUAAGUUGGACCGGCCCGACGUGCGGGGAUUAGAUCCCAACUUGUAUCUCAGUGCCAAGGACUCCGGCGACUAUGCCGAUCUCCAGAACGCCCUCACCAUGCUCUCGCUAGCGGAGGCGCGCACAGAUUUGGUUGUCAUGAUGCUGCGCGACUUACCCGGGGGCAUCCCGACACGGUAGCAUAGGAAUGCAUGUUGUACAGCGCUGC